GGUUCAAAUCUCACUCAACAAAGAAAGAAAAGCUUUGGUGGUUGGGUUCUCCACCCCCUUCAAAUCCAUUCAACCCAUCCACACUUCAUCUCAUACAAAUCAGAGAGUCUAUCAUCUCAGCUUUUGCAGAUUUCUUGGAAUUCAAUCUAUCUGAUCUGCAGCUUAGUAACAUUGGAGACUGAUCGUCUGGAGAAUGCAUUAUCUUCUUCAAAAAGUGUUGGUUUUUGACACUACUGCUGGAUUCUUCACUCUACUUCUUCUCCCAUCUUUCACUGCCUGCAGCUUAUCAUCAUCAAAAGAAUUUCAAGAAAACAGCCAAUUAAUCAGCAUCAAACAACAUGUAAACAAGGUGGAUUCUCAGAAGACAUUUGAUAUUGAAGUUCAUGGGAUUAUGUUGUGGGCUUCAAUGGGGUUCUUGAUGCCUGCUGGAAUACUUACUAUUAGACUAUCUAAGAUGGAGGAAUGUAACCAAAUAAGACUCAAAGUCCUCUUCUAUAUUCAUGCCAUUCUACAGGUGGUUUCAGUGCUAGUAGCUACUGCUGGAGCAGUAUUAUCCAUCAAAAGCUUUGACAACACAUUCAACAACAAUCACCAAAGAAUAGGUUUAGCACUUUAUGUAGCCAUUUAUGUGCAACUCGUCAUGGGAUUUCGUCGCCCUGAGAGGGGAAUAAAGGGGAGAAGUGUGUGGUACUUUUUCCAUUGGCUAUUUGGAACAACAUUAUGUUUGGCAGGAAUUAUCAACACCUACACAGGGUUGAAAGCCUACCAUGAGAAGACAUCAAAGAGUAUAAGCCUUUGGACCAUAAUUUUCACAGCACAAUUAUCUUUCAUGGGAUUUUUCUAUCUUUUCCAAGACAAAUGGGAGUACAUACAAAAGCAAGGUGUAGUGGUGGUUAUUGGCAAUGAAGCCAACACUACACCAACUCAAGUCAUUGUUGUUCCUCACAGUGAUAGUAGAGGGAAGGAACUUGUCCUGGCUGAGCCAUGUAGGAAGAGCAAUGCACUUGGGACUUACUUUUCUAGAAGCACAGCUCUCAAGAAACUGUUUCAGCAAACAUGAUCAUGAUGAGAACUGUUGUGUUUACUGGUAUCUGCGUUUCACAGGACAAGACUAAUUCAGUCGAGUCUUGGUCAAGUCGUAUUCAAUUCAUGGCAAACAUGAUCAAGAAAUUGUUUCACCAAACGUGACCAUGAGUUGUUGUGUUUACUGGUAUCCGCACUUUACGAGACGAGACUGAUUCAGUUGAGUAUUGGUUAAGCUCUAUUCGAGUCAAGGUGUUGUUGUUAUUUGUGCUCUAUGAUGUGUUUUGGUGGGUUUUUUGAAGGCCAGCAUUGAAGUGGAUGCAUCAAAUGUGAACUUGUGAAGUGGAACAUGAUUGGAUUAUGGAAAUAUCUUAAUCCAAUUUGGGGUUUUUUUUUUUUUUUUUUUUUUUUUUUUUUGGGAUUAAAUUUGAUAAAUUAUAUUAACAAAUUGUUGAUAUUGGGACUUAAAAUAAGCAUGUGUCGUUUGAGGCAUGCACUUCAAUGUUGGCCUAUGACAUAGGACACAGGUGAUGUUUGUAUUAUUGUACAUAGGUGUUUGCAUAUGCUUUUGAUUAUAAUAGAACAAGAAAUAAUACAAUUUGCAUAUUCGUUUC